AGCAGAAGGGACAACCAAACCCUCGAAACAUUUCAUUGGUACUGACCUUCCGUCGUGUACUUUUGCUGGUAAUAAUGUGGACACCUGACCCGUACGUGAAAUCCGACUUCUCGGUCUCCUCAUUUGGGAUCACCCUACCGCAUGUACGGGUACCACCUCGGAAGUACGGGGGAGGUGGACUGGUUGGAGUGGGCCAUGACGUCUACUGCGGUCUUUGUGGCUUUUACCCGUCCUGGAUGCAGGGCUUGCGGACGCCACGUUGCUAUCUGGUCUUCCUCUGCAUCCUGGGCAUGACACAGGGUUUCGUUGUCAACGGACUCGUCUCGGUCGUCACUCCGACCCUCGAGAAGCGCUUCCAGCUGCGCGGCAUCGAAGUGGGCAUUAUCCAAAGCAUGUUCAACAUCGCAUCAUGCAUAAUGAUGGUGCCCGUCAGCUACAUCGGUGGCGUGCAGCACAAGCCGGCCAUUAUCGGCGUCGGUGCGAUCAUCCUCUCUGCAGGCUCCAUGCUGUUCUCGCUGCCGCAUUUUGUAGCCCCGCGCUACAGGGUGGACAAAGCUGACUCUGCCUCCGUCUGCCCGAACCCUCUGCAAGACAUCUGCAAAAGAAACAUCGGAGGGCUCAACUGGUUCAAGUAUUUCUUCAUGGUCGGACACGCGCUACACGGCGUUGGCUCGUCACCUUUCUUUACGCUGGGUGUUGCCUACCUUGACGAGAACACCCCGACUCAAAAGUCUUCUCUCUACAUGGGCAUAUUCUACGCAACAUCGGUCUUGGGCCCAGCGCUCGGAUUCAUUCUUGGAGGCUAUUUCCUUUCGUUGUACACGGACGCAACCGCUGACGCAAGCGAACUGGGUAUGUCCAAGGUCAGCAUAGGAUGGGUAGGUCGAUGGUGGUUGGGCUUCUUCAUAGCGUCCAUCGUAGCCCUUGGAAUAGCUGGACCCAUGGCUAGCUUUCCCAAAGAACUGCCAGGGAAGGAAGAAAGAGAACAGCAAAUCAAAGCGAACAAGGAACCGGCUGAAGGGCAACCUGUAAUAGACCGAAGCUUUUUAUCCUUCCUAAAACGGUUGCUCACCAACAAGACCUUUUUGUGUCUCACCUUCGCAGCCUGCGCGGAAACUUUCAUAGCCUCUGGCCUCACUGGUUUCGCCACGAAGAUCUUCAUCUCAAUGUUUGGCGUGUCAUCCAGUGUUGCCUCCGGUCUGUUGGGCGCCGUAUCCGUCCCAAGCGCCUGUGGUGGGACACUCCUGGGAGGAUAUAUUGUAACCAAGCUGACCGUGAAGUCAUCGACCAUCGCGCGUUACUGCGUCAUCCUUUCGUUCGUUACCUGGUUCACCAUCUUCGUCUUCAUGCACUCUUGUCCAAACAUCAACUACGCUGCUGGAAACACAACCGUUGCAGACAUGUGGUUGCAAACCGGCCGUGAACCCAUGCGAGUGCGGGAGUUGGUUCAACCAUGUAACCAGCAUUGCAACUGCACUGGGUAUAAAUUUGACCCUGUCUGCGGUACAGACAAUUUCACCUUCUUUUCACCAUGCAUCGCUGGUUGUGCAUCAGCUAAACAAGUGAAUGACACGCAGAUCUACAUGCAAUGCAGCUGCAUAACAGGUCCUAUACUUCAACUCGGGGAUCAUAACGAAACUGCGCUACAGUACCAAGCCAUCCGUGACCCGUGUGCUUCGCACUGCAGCCUCGUAAUUAUAUUUUGUAUAUCAAUAUUCAUUGCCCUCUUCUGUACCUUUCUACUCAUCGUACCAGCCCUCACAGCUAUGCUUCGGACACUCGACGAAGACCUGAAGUCAACCGGUAUUGGGGUCAACUACGUUGCAAUUAGGCUCUUCGGUACAAUACCAGGACCCAUACUAUUUGGCUACCUGAUAGACAAGAGCUGUAUCCUCUGGCAAGACACAUGCGAAGGGCAAGGGGCAUGUGCAAUCUACGAGAAUGGGCUCAUGGGGAUGAACAUCUUCCGGCUGAUGAUACUCGUGAAGACUGCCUCCAUAUUCUUCUUCUUCUGCUCUGCACUAGCUAUAAAAGAUCCUCCAGGAGAGGACCAUCUGGGGCAAGGGCAGAAAGCACAAGAGGGCGACACAAAGGCUUCGCCGCUUCCUUCGCCGCUUGCGUCGCCGCUUGCGUCGCCAGAAACCGCGAAGCCCGAGGGCGGAGAAAUCGUUGGUAAAGGGAACAUCGCCAACAAGGCACACAGAAGGCCAUCCAAAUCAAAAGACAGAAAAACUCCAGUCGACGAAUAAAGGAGCAAUAUAUCA